AUGACUAUUUCUGCUGUUUCCUUUACAACUCAAAGUACUGAUACAAUCUACUGCAAGAAACCUGGCUGUGCGGACAUGAUUCAAGAUGCAGCAAGCCAAGGCUUGAAAUUUGUUGGAAUUAUACCUCAGUACCAUUCCCAAAAGAACUGCCUUGUCAGCUCCUCUCUGACACCUGCCAGUAACAACUCUGUGCAAUCCAGAGAUAAUAAAAAUGUUUCAAAUUGCCCUGAGGAUCAUGCUUCGCUGGAUGGCAAGAAAAUAGAUGGCAUUAAUGGAUGCAGUACUCCAGCACCAGGUGAGGGGAAUGCUGACCAACGUGCCACAUCCAGGGAAGGCAGGAAAGGUGAAGGACAAGCUGCUGAGGAGCCCAAUUGCAAGUCUGCAAAGGGCAGUGAAGAACAACAUGAGCACCCAGGUGGGAGAGAAGCGCCAGACACACAGAAUGGAAUUGCAGAGAAUGAAACGCCAGCACGAUGCUCAAAACCACUUACUGACAAGACAGAGAUCUUCACUCUCUUCAACAAGCCCAAAACCCCACAGAGAUGCAGCCAGUAUUACACGGUGACUAUCCCUAUGAGGAUCUCCAGGAAUGGGCAAACUGUCAACAGCUUAGAAGCAAAUUGGCUGGAGCAUAUGACAGAUCACUUCAGGAAAGGAGGCUCAUUGGUGAACGCCAUCUUCAGCCUUGGAAUGGUAAAUGAUUCCUUGCAUGGAAUAAUGGAUGGAGUAUUUCUCUUUGAAGAUGUUGCUGUGGAAGACAAUAAAACCAUGCAGGGCUAUGAUGCUAUUGUUGUAGAGCAGUGGACUGUACUGAAGGUAUAUGAGGAUAGUGAGUGUGUGGGCAAAUUUUCCCCAUUACUGGCAAAAAAUGUGCGGGUCCUCAGGCCUGGAAAAGUCAUUUGGACCAUAUAG